UGGCAACGUCCUAAGCACAAAAAUGCCUAGUACGACCGUUAUACUCUCAAAUCUCGCCUACACAACAGUCCCCCACUUUCACUUUCUCUCUCGCCGCCGGCAACGGUCGUUUUUUCUGGCUCUUUUAUUUGUUUUCCUUUCGGAAAAUUCAUACUUCAAAGGUUUUAAAAAGGAAAAAAAUCUAUUAAUCUCUGGAAAGUUGUUUUAAUUAACUCUAAUCUAAUCUCUGAUUUUUCCUUUUUAAAAUUUUUUUGGAAGUGAUUUUUUUGGGAGGUCUUUUAAUAGAUACGGUUAGGGUUUGGGUAGAAUUAAAGAAUCUGGGGGAGAAUUGAAUUUUUGCGAGUGCACGCAGAUAUGGUAACUGCAGUAUCCGCUACGGUAAUCUCUAAACGGAACGGAGGAGGACCAAGGCCACGGUCACAGCCACAGCCACAGCCACAACCACGGCCACGGCAACGGCCUCCGUUAUUACCCUCCGACCCCGAUAAUGCCAUCGUUCCACGAAGUCUAAAAUUCCGAGAAGUUACUUCCCGUUAUUUGUCCACGUCAUCAUCGUCUAAUUCGUCCACGUCAUCGUCUUCGUCUUCCGGAGCUUACACUAAACGGUGUCCGUCGCCGUCUGUUUCGAGGACUCCUACUGUUACAACGCCGUCGGUUGUCAAGAGGUCACAAUCAGUGGAACGGAGGCGGGAGGUGACGCCGCGGUCUUAUAAUUCUGCGGAUUUGAGCGGUGAUAACAACAAGAAAAGCAACGGCGAAGUAUCAGCUGCUCAGAAAUUGCUUUUCACUUCGACGAGAAGCUUGUCCGUUUCGUUUCAGGGAGAGUCGUUUUCGUAUCAGUUUAGCAAAGCUAAACCAUCUCCAUCUCCAUCUCCAUCUCCAACCGCUACGAGAAAAGGAACGCCGGAGAGGCGGAAGCCGGCGGAUACAACGACUCCGGUAAAAGGAACGGUUCAAACGGAGAAUUCAAAGACGGAGCGGUGGCCAGCGAGGAUAAGGCGACCGGACUCCACGACUAGAAGCGUGGAUUGCACCGACGAGAGGAAGAGAUUAAACGGAUCUGUUAACGGCAAUGUAGUUAGGGCACUACGGGAUUCCAUGGUCGGUAAUAGAGAUGUAAUGGCCGUUGGAUCUGAGGCUCAAUCUGAUCACGCGGCUUCUGAUACUGAAAGUGUUUCCUCUGCUAGUACUUCAGGUGCUCUAGAAAGUCCUUGUAACGGUAACGGAGACGUUAACCGUGGGCGACGGGGGAUAAUUGUCCCGGCUCGGUUCUGGCAUGAGACAGCUACUCGUUCACGCCGCUCCGAUUCGGACUCGCCGGUUUCUAGGAAAAAUACGGCACCGUCUAAGCUAAUUGCCCCGGAUAAGUUUAGAAUUGAUAGUCCUUCGUCAUCCCCGAAAGGUGUAAUGAACAGCAGAGGACAGCUAUCGCCAAUUCGUGGUCCUGUUCGGCCUGCAUCACCGAGUAAGCUUGCGGCGUCCUUGACUUCGUCUCCUAUGAGGGGAAUGAGUCCCUCUAGAGUGAGGAAUGGGUUGUGUGGUAGUUUGACAAAUACGCCGUCGAUUUUGAGCUUUUCUGGUGAUGUUAUUAAGAUGGGUAAGAUUGGGGAGAACAAGGUUUCGAAUGCUCAUUUGCUGAGGCUACUUUAUAAUCGGUUGUUGCAGUGGCGAUUUGUUAAUGCUAGAGCAGAUGCUGUUUUGUCUUCCCAGAGGUCUAAAGCAGAGAAAAGCCUCUAUAAUGCAUUGACAACUACCUCAAAACUGCGAGAAUCUGUUAGAGCCAAAAGAACUGAGUUACAGGUGCUGAGGCAAAACUUGAAGCUGAUUUCCAUCCUCAAGGGGCAAAUGAUAUUUUUGGACGAAUGGGCUCUCCUGGACCAUGAUUAUUUCAGUUCACUAUCUGGGGCUACUGAAGCUCUGAAGGCUAGCACGUUCCGCCUUCCGGUUGUUUCUGGGGCGAGGGCUGAUGUCCAGAAAUUGAAGGAUGCUAUUUGUUCAGCAGUUGAUGUAAUGCAGGCUAUGGCAUCCUCAAUAUGCUCUUUGUUAUCAAAGGUUGCAAAACUCAACUCUUUGCUGGCUGAACUUGGAAAUUUAACUGCAAACGAGUUUGCUUUACUUAACCAGUGCAAAGAUCUUCUGUUGGCAAUUGCUGCUAUGCAGGUGAAAGAAUGUAGCCUGAAAACACACGUCUUACAACUAAAUCACGUACCUUCCGGCUUGACUUGACAACAAAAUUGUAAAGCUCAUGUGAUUUCACUCCUCCCUAAUACUAACCCGACAUCAACCUCUCCCCCAUCUCCAUUUCAUCAGCAGGAAAAAAAAAGGUAACAAUAAUAACUUUCCAAUUCAACGGAUUGAGUUUUAUAUGCAUGAGAGUGAUGAUUUGGUCUUUGUUUGAUACAUGAAAAAUUCAUGGUUAUGUGUAAUUUAGUGGCGUAGGUUAAGGAAAAAUGUGUUCUGAUUGUGAAGUUAGAUAGUUUUACAGGUAUUUCUUUUCUUUUCUUUUUUUAUAUAUAGGGAAAAGGAAAAGCAUAUAAAUAUGUAUAAAAUGAUGGCUUUCCAACUUUAGUCAAUGGGGGGGUUCCUUAGGUUCUAAGCUUUUGGUUUUUGUUUGUUUGUUUGUGUUCAUAUAAUGAGUGACUGUGUAAUCUUGUGUAUUUUGAUUAGAAUGAAAAUUACAUGUAACUGUGUAACGGACCCCAACUUCCCUUCUAA